CGCCAUCGCCUCUCCUCGACGAGCCACCACACGCGACACGACGAUGCGUCUACUACUUUUAACAGCCACGCUCUGCGUUGGUGUGACGUUGGCCCAAUAUGCCCCGACGACGACACCGGUGCCGAUUUUGAAGCAGAUAAACAGACACAACGAGGACGGCAGCUACAGCUACGGUUACGAAGCAGCGGACGGCAGUUACAAGAUCGAGUCCAAGUACCCGACCGGUGAGGUCUAUGGCAAGUACGGUUUUGUCGACGACACGGGCAACGUCCGCGAGGUUGAGUACGGAGCGUCCCGACGUGGUUUUGAGCCCGCUGGUACCGGAAUCAACGUUCCACCGCCGACUCUCCACGGCAACACCCUGGCAGGCGGCAAGGACGACCCUGAGGAUGACGGCCAGUACCGCGAAGACCCAUCCAUCUACUAUACUGACCCGAGAUUCACCAACGGCGAGAGAUACGAUCCGGUGCCGAAGAACAGGUACCCCGUCAUCCAGAACCACCAAGUUCAUCGGCCCGCACCUUACAAUCCAUUGCCCAGCAAAUCCGUGGCAGCAGCUUACCGUAGACCAGCACCAGUUCCUCCAGCGAUAGCAGCUCCUCUAGGCCAGUACCAGCAGGAAUACCAACCCCAGUACAGGACGCAAUAUCAGCGCGAGUACCAGCCUGCUGCAGCAGCACCUGCUCAGUACCGACCUCAAUACAACCCCAACAAGUACCACCCUGGGCUCGGAUCCUACAGCGUCAACUACAGGCGAUGAAAGGGCGAAUGACGAUCGUAUCAGCGCUUUUUUUUUGUUUCGAGUUCUACCCUUAUUAUUAUACCCUCGACGAAAGACUUCUCUGUACAUAGACUUCGCUCACUUAUUUAUGCGUUCGCACACGUCUCUUGUAGGAGUAUUGAAAAAUUGUGAAAUAAUCGACUUUUCGAUUUGCGAUUAUUCGCGAACCAAAAAUUGGAAUCAAAAUUAGUUUCAUUAUAUUUGAAUGAUUUUUAAUCAAAAAAGGAUUUGUUGAACGACGAAGCGAUACGUCGCACAGUUAAAGCAAUCUACGUCAGGCUUAUAUGCGUUUAUCGACUGAAAUUGUACACUACCAAUCAACUCUCAUGAAACCAUGAUUAAUGCUGUGCUAUCAAUUUAUCGAUCUCUCAUUUAAGUGUAUAAAUUUACAACACGCAGUUAAAAUCCACGACACUGUCGUAUCCGUGCAACCGAUAAACGAAAAUGUUACUUUGUUACAACCACGUGCAACCAUUUAUAAAAAAAACUAGAACCUAAAUUUCACCGUAUCGCAUUUUCACCAAUAUAACAAACCCAGUGCACAGCGACAUAAAGUACACGAGCAUCAGUCCGCCGACUUGGAGCGAAAAUCCUGGCGUUUUCUAAUCGUCCCGUAUACGUUUCACCUCUAGCGCAUCGCGUCGCGUCGCCUUUUCAUCGUUACAACGCGAUAUGAACUUAGAACUUACAGCGUCGGCGCAAGUUCACGUUGCUGCCGCGAAUAGCAAUACUCUCUGCGGUUCAGCGAUGCGAAAAUAUCUCUUUAUAUACUAUAUACGUUGUACCUCUCUGUAAGUCUGUAUUACACUACCUCACCGAUCACGAAAUGGGAUCCCAAUAAAAACGAACUUCUCCUC